UGUUGGACAUCUGGCGCAAAUGCAAAAAACAAUUCAAGAACUUUGGCAAAUAAAUUUAUUCCAAAAUGAUACACGACUUGUUGCUGGCUUGUUUGAGCAGCAGCCAAGAAGCGGAAGGUGUAAAGCAGUUUUUGGACACCACAGCUGUUGAGCACUUCAUCCAUCCUUGCGAGACGGAAAUCUUUAUGGACAUUCUCAACAUCAUAAAUGUGUAUCACGAAGUGGUUGAGUUUACACAAAUGUACAAUACACAGCCUAUUUCCAGCGAGGAAUUAAUUAGCAAUGCAGAUUCCGAAGAUCUUUCGCAUGGCUUUUACAUGCUGAACUUUGUCAAGGGCAUCGAGAAUGCUUUGGAGGAGCCAUACCAGGAGAUCGUUCGACUUGAGGCGGAUUGUCGCAAAACCAAGCGCAACUCGCUUUCCUAUGUGUGCAAUGCCCUGCGGACCAAGCUGCCGAUGCUGAUGUUGAUGCGGAAGCUAAUCAUGGAAGUUAAAGUGAUGAAGCUGCGAGGGUGUGCCAUGCUGCACAACCUGCACCAGCAGUCCGAACACGGAGAUCCACAGCUUGAGAGAAUGAUUCACAAAGUUAUUAAGCCUGUUAAGCAUGCCUUUUUCUCGAGCCUGGCUCACUGGAUGCUCUUUGGCGUGAUCGACGAUAUACACUCGGAGUUUUUCAUUAAUUUUAUUCCCACGGGAUCUGAACAUGGCAGCAUUUGCAGCAAAUCAACGCAAAGCUUUAUUUUGAGUGGCGAGCAAACAACUGAGGACUACAUCUGGCAAUAUGAAAUUAAUAUGAAGCAGUUGCCCGGCUUUCUGUCCAUCAUAAGUGCCGAGAAGGUUCUCUUCGUGGGGCAAACUGUGCUCGUCUUCAAAAUGGGACGAAAUCCCAAGAGCAAGAACAAAGUGGAUCAAAUGGCAGCGGAACUAAAUGAAAUGUCACGCGAGGAUAUCUAUGAACUGUGGAGUGGCCGCGAGUCGGAGUUCUUCAAGACGAUCCAAGACCUCAGCAACGACGAUAAGAUCAAUGUAUUUCGCGUCGAGCAAGUUGUGAACGAUAUCAAGAAAUAUGUGAGCAGACGACUCUCGGAAAUUGCAGUAAACGAAGUGGAUUUGGAGCGUCAAAUGGUAUUGCUAAAAGAUUUCUAUCUGCUGGGUCGCGGAGAGUUUUUCUUGGAGUUUUUCUCGCAAUUGCAUGGCAACUUUGAUGUCAAUACGGAAAUGCGAUCUAGAAACUAUACCAGAGCGUUUGAGCUGGCCGCAACUGGAUUGCGAAUAACAGAUGACCUGGAAAACUUCUCCCUCACAACUCUCAGAAACAGCGAGGAGCCCGAUGAGAGCUACGACUUUCAGGUGCUGCAAUCUAUGCACUUGAAAUAUAUUUAUGAAUGGCCCCUGAAUUUGUUGUUUUCGCCGAAAGCCAUCGAGCGAUACAAUAAAAUCUUUCGCUUCUUGCUUAUAAUCCGCGGUCUUCAGUACCAAAUGCAACGAGUUUGGGCCAAGCAGACGUGGACUGUAAAGGCCGAAACCGGUGGCACCAACAUCAGGGUCAUGAAUCUCCGCAAUCACUUGCUCUUCUUUCUGAACAAUUUGCAGUAUUAUAUCCAGGUGGAUGUGCUUGAAAGUCAGUUCGAGAUAUUCAUGAAUGUGAUAAAGAGUAGAGCGGAUUUCGAGGAAAUACAAAGAGCGCAUACGGUCUUCCUGGCGAACGUACUGUCGCAAUGUUUCCUGCUUUCGGACACAAAAGACGCUCAUCUGAAUAUCACCGCUUGCCAAACCCAGGCUAAUCCCAUUUACGGCACCAUUCUGAAGCUCUUUAGCAUAUGCGAGAAAUUCAUACACAUGACGCAGGCAACGGACAAAGCAGAUGAUAUCACAGAGGAGGUCGAGCGUCUUGGAAAGGAAUUUGGUGUACAAAUUGCAAGCCUUAUUCAACUGCUUGUGGACAUAAAGACUUCAUCUUGCUUGGGUCCGCUCUCCCAGCUGUUGCUGCGAUUGGACUUUAACCAUUGGUUUAGCAAGCAGCACUGCCAGCCUGGUCAAAGGUAAUAAAUAAAUAGCC